AUGGGCGGGGUGGUGCUGCUGCUGUUGCUGCUGGCUGGGGCAGGGGUAGGGGUGGCUUGGAGACCCCCAAAAGGGAAAUGCCCCCCUCGCUGCUCCUGCUCCAAAGACAGCGCCCUGUGUGAGGGUUCCCCAGAGCUGCCCGAGAGCUUCACCCCAACACUUCUGUCACUCUCACUUGUGAGACUGGGGGUGCCCCAGCUGAAGGCCGGAAGCUUCCUCAAGAUGCCAACUCUGCACCUGCUACUCUUCACAUCCAACUCCUUCUCUGUGAUUGAAGACGAUGCAUUUGCCGGCCUGGCCUAUUUGCAGUACCUCUUCAUUGAGGACAACGAGAUCGGCUCCAUCUCCAAAAAUGCUCUCAGAGGUCUUCGCUCACUCACUCACCUGAGCCUGGCCAACAACCGCCUGGAGGCCCUGCCUCGAUUCCUCUUCCGAGGCCUGGACACCCUGACCCAUGUGGAUCUGCGGGGAAACCCUUUCCAGUGUGACUGCCGCGUGCUGUGGAUCCUGCAGUGGAUGGCCACGGUGAACGCCAGCGUGGGCACCGGGGCCUGCGCCGGCCCCGCCGCCCUGGCCCGCACGCAGCUCCAGCAUCUGGAGCCAGCCAGCUUCAAGUGCCGGUCUGUAGUGCUGCUGGCCUCCGCCUCGCAGCGGCCCGUCCUCUUCCAGUGGCGCGCAGGCCGCUUCGAGCGCCGCACCGACAUCCCCGAGGCCGAGGGCGUCUACGCCGCGCGCCACUUCCACGCCGCCGGCCAGGUGUUCCUGUGCCUCACGCGCUUCAUCGGGGACUCCAUGGUCAUGCGCUGGGACGGCUCCAUGUUCCGCCCCCUGCAGCUCCUGCCGUCCCGAGGCGCCCACGUCUUCCAGCCCCUGCUCAUCGCCAGGGACCAGCUGGCCAUCCUGGGCAGUGACUUUGCCUUCAGCCAAGUCUUCCGCCUUGAGCCCGAGCAGGGGCUCCUGGAGCCGCUGCAGGAGCUGGGCCCCCCAACUUUGCUCUCCCCCAGGGCCUUUGCCCACGUCACCUUAGCCGGCAAACACUUCCUCUUUGCCGCCUGCUUCAAGGGCCCCACGCAAAUCUACCAGCACCACGAGCUGGACCUCAGCGCUUGA